AUGCUGCAGCGGGCCAGGGCGCUGCGGCGCCCGCCGGGGCCCGUACCCACCAUCUCGCAGUCGAUCGCCACCGCCGGGCCGCUGGGGGGCGCUGCGGGGCCGCUCCCGCUCCCGCCGCUGCCUUUGGCGCGGGCGGGCGCCGGCCCCCGCCGCUCCGCGCGCCGCCGCUGCAGGAAGCGCCGGUGCUUCCGGUUGCCGCGCGGGGCCGCGCGGGGCCGCGCCACGUGCGCCGCGUGCACGUUGAGGAUCAGGUCGGACAUCGCGGGGGGGGGAGGGGAGCGGGGGGGGGGAGGAACCGGGACCCCCCCGGAGCCGGCACCGGCGGCCGCGGCACGAGGCGGGGUAACCGGCGGAAGUGACGCGAUAGCCCGGCGGGAAGGCGCGGAUGGAGGCGGGCGGUUCCCCCAUGGCCGCCCCCCCCCCAUGGGGCUCUGCAGUGGGAGCAGCAGCGAGCAGCCGACAUCGUCCGGCUGCUGUCUCUGUACCGGCCCCUGCUCGACGCCUGCGUCAUCGAUUUCUUCGCCGAGGGGCUGUGGGCGCAGCUCCCCCCCCCCAUGGCAGGCAGCCCUGGCCUCGGCCGCCCCCCCGCAGCUCGCCCGCCUCCUGGGGGGGCCCGAUCCGGGGGGGCCGGGGCCCCUCUGGCCGCUGUCCCUGUUGGCCUUCGCCGCCGCCUCCCGCGCCCUGUCCUUCCCGCGGGGCCCCCCCGGCGCCGCCGCGCGCCCCCCCUGCCAGAGCCGCCGCCUGCACCCGCUGCUGCGCCGCCACGUCAAGCCCAAGAAGCAGCACGAGAUCCGGCGCCUGGGAAACCUCCUGCAGCGCCUGAGCCAGGCCACCGGCUGCACGCACGUGGUGGACGUCGGAGCGGGGCAGGGCCACCUCUCGCGGUUCCUGGCCUUCGGCCUCGGUUUCUCCGUCACGGCGGUGGAGGGUGACGGCCGCUUGGCCGGAGCCGCCGAGCGCUUCGACCGGGAGCUGCUGCGGGAGCUGCACAAAACGGGGGGCACCGGCCCCGAGCGGCCCCCCCGGCGCCGCCCCCCCCCCCAGCCCCGCUCCCCGCUCACCCCCCGGGGCCCACAGCACGUUCCGGGCCGCUUGGACCCGCUGCUUCCAUGGGGGGAAUUCCUGUUACCCCCCAACCCACCCGCUCCUGCUGCCCGGAACCCCUUGGGGGGCCCGGGGGGGGCAACGGACGGGCAGCGGGUGCUGGUGACGGGGCUCCACGCCUGCGGGGACCUGAGCCCGGCGCUGCUGCGCCACUUCGCCCGCAGCCCCGCGGUGGCCGCCGUGGCCUCGGUGGGCUGCUGCUACAUGAAGCUCUCGACCCCCCCGCACCCCCCCGGGUACCCGCUCAGCUCCUGGGUCUCCGCUUUACCGGGCCAUGAGCUCUCGUACCGGGCGCGGGAGAGCGCCUGCCACGCGCUGGAGCAGUACCGGGGGCGCCUGGGGGGGGGCAGCCCCCGCCUGCGGGCGCAUUGCUACCGGGCUGUGCUCGAGACCCUCAUCCGGGGGGCCCGGCCCGGCCUCAGGCGCCCCGGGGUGCAGACCGUGAAGAAGGCGCAUGCCCUCAGCUUCCCGCAAUACGCCCGCCUGGGGCUGCCCCGCGUGGGGCUGGAUCCCGCCAGCAUCCCGCUGGAUUCGGCCGCGGUCGGGACCAUGCUGGAGCAGCAGCACCAGGUCGUGGCCUUCUUCAGCCUCACGCUGCUGCUGGCGCCGCUGGUGGAGACCCUCAUCCUCCUCGACCGGCUGCUCUACCUGCGGGAGCGCGGCUUCCACUGCGCCCUCGUGCCCCUCUUCGACCCCCGGUUCUCCCCACGGAACCUGGUGCUGGUGGCCGCGCGCUGCCCCCUGGGCACGGUGCUGGCGGGGCUGGAGGAGGAGGAGGAGGAAGGCAGCGAGGAUGAAGCUGAGCCCCCCCCAGCGGGACAGAGCCCCCCGAACCCCAGCACCGGGCACCGGCCGCAAUAAACCCAUCAUCAGUGGCUGCACCAAAGCACCACGGGGCAA